AUAAUAUGUCAAACUUUGCAUUAUUUCAGAAUGGAGGUGAGCAUAAUGAUAGUAAGGGCUCACGGAACAAUUGAUUCAUUAUUUCAGUCAUACAAAUGUACCUCAGUAUUGAUGAUCUAAUGAACAGUAUUUAUGCUGUCUCAGAAGAAGCUCGGAAGCAAGAGCUUCCUGAGUAUAUUUAAGGCGAUUUGUGAUUUAUUUUUAAGAGCAAGGGAUUACGAACUUGAUAGUCAGGAUCAAUGACCACUGAAUAUGGAUUGGCUAAGGAAAGAGUUGAACGAUAAUUACUCAAAUACUUUCCAAUAUAAUCAACAAGGAGAUCCUGAGUCUGUAUUCUUCCUUUUUAACAAAGUUCUAAGAAGAAUUAUGGGGAAGAACACUUCCAACUUUGAUUCUGUUUUAUUAGAAAAUGGGUCUAUCGAAGUGACUUCACAAAACUUUACUGAGAGGAAUACUAUCUCUCAAGUUGCAAAGUUUUACCAAGCACGCAAACUUGGAAGUAAAAGGUUGAGCCAGCUAUACGGGAUAUCUCCUCUGGCAUCAAGCAAGUCUAUCAAGUCUAAUUUACAAAGAAUCGAUGAAGAGGAGGAAUUUACGAAUGCAGUCAUCGAUGACUAUUUUAGCUAUGAUUAUCUCCAUAGUACCUUUGAAAAAGAUGGUGCUGAAAAUGUCAGAUGAGGUACAAGUGAUAUCAUGAGGAUUGAUUUCAGACCGAUCAUUGAGCAAAUGGUCAAUCUCCACUGGGAUGAAGAAUCCGCAAAACAGAAGAUUAAAGGGAAGUUCUUUCUCUUUGCGCACCAUUUGUGGCUGAAUAACCAUCUUAAGAAGAUUUUCAGCUUAAGAUCUUUGAUAGAGACUGAGGAUCAUGAUAGCUUUAUUACCAGCAGGAAGGCUUAUACAAUCACAAAGUUGCCUAAGUUCUUUGUUUUCAACUGAGAAUACGGUGAAUUCUUUAAUUAUUCCUCCCUAGGCGAGGAAAGCACAGACGAUGACUUUAGGAGGCAUUUUUGAUAUGUUCUGCCAAAAAGAUUUGAUAUCACACUCUGUAUGGACAUUGUUGAGGAGGAAGAUGAGAUCAAUUUUAGUGUCAGCAAGUCUAGUCAUACCCACAAAAGGUCAAACUCGGUUGGUCAAAGUAGAAGAAUGGUCCUAUUGCAUAGCAUAAUCGGGUAUAAUGGAGGUCAUUAUACAAAUUAUUCCAGAAAAGGAAAGUUUUGGUACAAAUUUGAUGACUCUAACUACUAUCAUAUUGGAUCAUACAAGGAUUUACUUCAGCAACUGGUGGACUCGAAAAUUCUUCCUUAUUUUGUAGUUUAUAAGCUUGAGAGCAAGAAAGAAUCCAUGAUUUCUUAUAAAAGUGACACUGCAAGAGAGUCAGAAGCCACAGAAUACGCAAAAAGCCAGAUUAUGGAAAACACUUUUGAUGAAGAGAAGAAAGAAGACUACAAAAAUCAUGAAAUUACUCCAAGAUGAUUGCCUUCUUCUCCGCUAGAAGCUACACAGAAGAAGAGAAUUAACACUGUUUAUACUAUCAACCCUACCGAGGAAGAGAGUAAUCUUGAAACUAGUGAAGAAAAGAUCUCUAAAAGAAGGAGCGCAUACAUACACUACAGUAUUAAUAAAUAUGCAUCCUUUGAAGAAGAAAGUUCUAUGAGCAAAUAAACUUGAGAUGACUAGCAAUCCAAGGAAUAAUACUGAUUACUCAGGUGAUGAUGAAGAGGAGUCUGAGUAUUUUAACCCUUCUGGUAAAUCAAGGAAUAAGAGAAAGAAAUCUAAGAAGGCAAAGAAGGCAAAAAAAGGUUGUUGAUUUAGGAAGAAGACUGAUCCUCCUGGUCCUACUCAGUGCUGCUGUUGAUGAAUUUUCUAAUCUUUUCUAUUU